CUAUAUUAUAAGGGUGUUGUUGUAAACAGUCCUCUCCCAUCAAAAAAAAAAAAAAAAAAAAGGAAAAAAGAAAAAAGAUGGGUGAUCCUAAUCUCUCCAUCAAUAAUAGUAACAAUACUUGUUUUAGUUUAUCCCCUUUUCAACAUUACUCUUCUUCUUCUUCUUCUUCCUCUUCUUAUAACUCUCAUUAUCAUCAUGAUCAUCUCUUCUCACUUUCUUACUCCAAUGAUAAUAACAGCAAUACCCUAAAAAACAACAUGACUACCUCUCAUUAUAAUCCUUCUUCUUCUUCUCAAGUUCUUCUUCCUCUUUUGAGUUUAAGUCCUGCAAGAGUAGAACAAGAUCAUCAUCAUCAUCAUCAUCAAAAUAUUAUUGAUCAUGAUCAUAAUAUUAUUGAUUAUGAUCAAAAUGAUGUUACUGUUGCUUUGCAUUUAGGGCUUCCAACUCCUUCCUCUUCUUCUAAUAAUAAUUCUGAUUUGAUUUUGAGGCUUUCUUCAACUGAGAUCUCAGAUCAAGAAGAUCACACCCAUCAAUUGCAAGAACUUUCAUCUAAUAAUUCUAUUGCUAGUAAUAGUAAUGGAGUUAAUAAGGGUCAAUAUUGGAUUCCAACUCCUACUCAGAUUCUCAUUGGUCCAACUCAAUUCUCUUGCCCUCUUUGCUUCAAGACUUUCAAUAGAUACAACAACAUGCAGAUGCAUAUGUGGGGGCAUGGAUCACAAUACAGGAAAGGGCCACAAUCACUAAGAGGAACACAACCAACAGCAAUGUUGAGGCUGCCAUGUUACUGUUGUGCAAUAGGAUGCAGAAACAACAUAGACCAUCCAAGAUCAAAGCCAUUAAAAGACUUCAGAACACUUCAAACACAUUACAAAAGAAAACAUGGGAUGAAGCCAUUUACAUGUAGAAAAUGUGGGAAAGCUUUUGCUGUUAGAGGAGACUGGAGAACACAUGAGAAGAAUUGUGGGAAACUUUGGCAUUGCACAUGUGGCUCUGAUUUUAAGCAUAAAAGGUCUCUUAAAGAUCAUAUCAAAGCCUUUGGACUUGGCCAUGCUGCUUAUGGGAUUGAUGAUCAUCAUAAUCAUCAUCAUUCUUUUGAUAAUGAAGAUGAUGACCCAGCUUCUGAUAUUGAAACAUGACUAUCAUAAUAUAUAUAAUAUAAUUAUGAACAUUAUUAUUGAUAUAUCCCCAAUGUUCUUUUUUUUUUUCCCCUUUUUAACAAAUUUCAUACCUUAUUUUAGCUGUUUGUACUGUUAAAUUGGAGUUGUUUUCAAUCAUUAUUGUUCUUAUCUUUAAUGAGUUCAUGCUAGCUAAUUUAAUAUCAAGCUAUAUACUCAAAUUAAAAUUGAUAUUCAUUGUUCAUUUU